AUGAUGAGCGAGAUGGUGAGCCGAGUACGGGAGAGCGACCCGGCUCGCGGCCGAUGGGACGUCUCUGGCGACGCGGCUACUCUCUGGGUGGACGCCAGCUCAGUGGCUCUCGGAGCGGUACUGGAGGUGAACGGUGACGUCAUAGAAGACGCGAGCUGGCUCAGGAAGGACGACUGCGGCCACAUCAAUUUGGCAGAGCUGGAAGCAGUCCUGAAAGGCCUGAACCUGGCGGUAGCGUGGGAUAUGAAGGAUAUCCGUUUGAUGACCGACUCGCAAACCGUAUUCCACUGGCUGUCUGACGCGCUAUCGGGGAAGGCUCGGAUCAAAACGAAAGCGGCCAGUGAGCUUUUGAUCCGCCGACGUCUUCAAACGAUCACUUCCAUCGCUGAGGAGUACGACCUCAGAAUAGACGUCCACUUCGUACCGUCUGCGGAAAAUAAAGCGGACAGCUUGACCCGAGUGCCUAACAGGUGGCUGAAAAGAAAAGAAGUCGGUGAUCCGGUAUGUGCUGCUGUCGGGGAACUGACGUCAGCAGAGGUGACGCGCAUCCACGAGAUAGUCGGACACCCUGGGAUUCGGCGCACCCUGUACUUCUGCCGCAGAAAGUCGCCAACAGUGUCGCGAAAAAUGGUACAAGGCGUGGUGCGCCGCUGCAAUAAGUGCCAGUCAAUUGACCCUGCACCGGCUACGUGGCCCAGAGGCAAGCUGAGCGUGGAGACUGUGUGCUUCAGAGUGGGCGUGGACGUGACGCACGUGCAAGGAAGUCACUAUCUAAGCAUGAUAGAUUGCGGACCAUCACGCUUCGCGAUCUGGAAGAGGCUGAUUCGUCAGGACGCAAGGAGCAUGAUUCAGCAGCUCGAGCUGGUUUUCCUGGAGCGAGGUGCGCCAAAGGAGCUGCUGAUCGACAACUACCCAGCCUUUCGAGCCUCCGCGUUCUGCGAGUUUGCAGAGACGUGGGGCAUCAAGAUCAUCUUCAGAUGUGCCCAUUCUCCAAGUGGAAACGGCAUCACCGAGCGGUGCCAUCGGACGGUGAAGACCAUCGUUGCACGCUCAGGCUGCAGCGUCAUGGAGGCUGUCAACCUGUACAACAUCACACCGAAGGACGAUGUGGAUGCUGGCUCUGCACCGGCGAACAUGGUGUACUCGUACGAGGUUCGAGUGCGCGGAAUUGGUGGAGACGAUGAGCAGAGCCCCGGGCAGGUGAUAUCCUGUCGGUUCAGCAUCGGCGACAGGGUGUGGAUCAAGGAUCCUAGCAGGCGAUGCGAUGUACCGAGCGCCGAGGGCACGGUGACGCAAGUGCUGUCCGCUCAAUCGGUUGAAGUGGACGGCAUUCCGAGACACUACAGCAGCGCAGAAGAGCUCUGGGAGGAGCAGAAGAUGACUCAGAGCCACAUCAUGGACAUGUGCGGGACGCAGACGGUCCAGACGAAACAGAAGUGGAAGAGGACAGUUUCGCGCAAAACGAGGACGCUCAAGCAAAUAGGGACGGAGGACUGA